AUGGAUUCAGACAACAAUCGUCUGCGUCUGAACUUUCAAUUCGACAACCAGCACAAUUUUGAUGCGGCCAAUGCUCGCAUGUACCCUACCACUCCCUCCACCUUUCCUCAGUCGAUCUACGGUGGUCAGCAACAGGACUACCCCGGCGGUCUAUUGUCCCCCAAUCCCACCACCAACGCAGGCUAUUUCAUGAACCAAACCUUUUCCCCACCGCCACAACAACAAGUCCAGUACCAGCAACAAUACCAAUAUCAAACACAAUCUGGGCUUCAAUCCCCGCAGCCUGCGUACCAAGCCAAUACCAGACCAUAUAUGGUCAACAACAACAACCAUAAUGAUGCAACUAGCGGUCUGAUCCAACAAUUCUCGAACCAGGACUUGAGUGCAACUCCACGCAGCGCUAACGUGAACCGGGUACCGUCGCCUGCUCAACCACGGCCAAGGACUGCAGGUGAGGGUCGACAGGCUCAGAACCCCUAUCAGAGCCACCUGGCCCCACCAGUGCCACGACCCUCGGCCAAACCUGAAGAGGAGGAACAACCUAACCCACGCAAGUACUCCGACAACAUCAUCAAGCGAGGUACAGCGGCCAAGCAGCUGGUCAACGCCUUUUUCCAAGAGAACAUUGAACGUGCCAGAGAUCGCAAUAGUCGUGCAAAGGAGUUGGAUGCUAUACUGAAGAACCCGAAUGUCAGUGACAUUGAGAAGCAGAAGGAGAUCAACAUACUUGCACAAAAAGAGGCUCGCUUCUUGCGCUUCAUUCGGACACGGGAGACCCCACAAAACUUCAACACUAUCAAGGUUAUUGGUAAAGGAGCAUUUGGCGAAGUGAGACUUGUGCAGCGGAAGACGGAUGGCAAAAUCUACGCCCUGAAGUCUCUGAUUAAAUCAGAGAUGUUCAAGAAAGACCAACUGGCUCAUGUCCGAGCAGAGCGUGAUAUCCUGGCCGAUUCCAAGGAUAACCCUUGGCUAGUCAAGCUUCAUGCCUCAUUCCAGGACGCAGCAUUCCUUUAUAUGUUGAUGGAGUUCCUGCCCGGUGGUGAUCUGAUGACCAUGCUCAUCAAGUACGAAAUCUUCUCCGAAGACAUCACGCGGUUCUACAUGGCUGAGAUUGUCAUGGCCAUCGAAGCGGUUCACAAGCUCGGUUUCUUGCAUCGUGAUAUCAAGCCGGACAAUAUCUUGUUGGACAGAGGCGGCCACAUCAAACUGACUGAUUUCGGUCUCUCGACUGGUGGUCGCAAGCAACACGAGAACUCUUACUAUCAAGCACUCCUCAAGUCAAAUGCCAACGACAAGUCUGGUAAUCGAAAUUCUAUGGCCCUCAACGAACAGAUCAACCUCACUGUUAGCAACCGUGGACUGGUCAACACUUGGAGAAAAUCAAGACGCCAUAUGGCCUACUCGACAGUUGGUACGCCAGACUACAUCGCACCAGAAAUUUUCCUCGGUCAAGGAUACACCUACCUUUGCGACUGGUGGUCAGUGGGAGCUAUCAUGUUCGAAUGUCUGGUUGGCUGGCCACCGUUCUGCGCCGAAGAUACCCAUGAUACAUAUCGCAAGAUUGUCAACUGGCGAGAGUCCCUCUACUUCCCUGAUGAAUUGGUUUUGGGACGGGAUGCGGAAGACAUGAUCCGGAGUACUGACAAGCUUAGUUUCCUGUGUGAUGCACAAGACCGUUUGGGCAAGGAGGGUGGAGCUCAUGAUGGCGCAUCGUCCAUCAAGAAGCAUCCAUUCUUCCGCGGGGUGGUUUGGGAUCAGUUGCGGAAGAUUCGUGCACCAUUCGAACCGAAGUUGUCGUCCAACAUUGAUGUGAGCUAUUUCCCGAUCGACGAGAUUCCACAGGAAGACAAUACCGCCAUGCAUCGGGCACAUGCCAAGCAAGUCUUGCCUGAACAGGACGCCGAAAUGAGCUUGCCGUUCAUUGGGUACACGUACAAAGCGUUCAAUGCCUUUCAGAACUCUUAG